UUUUUUUUUGUGAUUAUCUUUAAGUCAUGCCAACACCUAUAGAGACUUGGUAUACAGAUAUUCCUCCCAUUACUCGUAUCUAUGUAACUGCUGCAUGUCUUACUAGUUUGGCAGUACAAUUGGGGUUUGUUCAUCCUUUACACUUAUGGCUUAAUUAUGAUAGUAUUGCCAGCGGUCAAUGGUGGCGUUUGAUCACAAACUUCUUAUACUUUGGUCCUCUUUCCAUUGACUUUUUAUUCCACAUGUUUUUCCUUGCUCGUUAUAGUCGUAUGAUGGAAGAAGGAUUCUAUCGAAGCAAACCAGCAGAUUAUGUUUGGUUACUGAUAUUCGCAGCGACUAUUCUUAUUUUAUCAUCAAUCAUUCUACCAUUUGCCUAUAUGCCGUUUCUUGGAUCACCACUAGCAUUCACUAUGGUAUAUAUUUGGGCGCGUCGUAAUCCAUAUGUUCGAUUGAACUUUUUAGGUAUGUUAGUGUUCAGUGCUCCUCAUUUGCCUUGGGUUUUACUUUGCUUCUCUUUGGUUCUUGGUGGUGAUAUUCCUACAGGUGAUAUUCUUGGUAUUGCAGUUGGUCAUAUCUAUUACUUUUUUGAAGAUGUAUGGCCUCAGGAUCCAGCAAGUGGUGGGAAAAGAUGGCUGAGUACACCAAGGAUUAUUCAAUGGCUUGUAGAAGGAAAUCAACGAAGAGAUGGAGAUGGAGUGGAGAUAGAAACACAACACCAAGAAGAAGAAUAUCAUGAAACUGAAGACAACCACUCUGAUCAAGAGGAUACCAACAAUAAUAAUCAGACAGCUUCUGUAGAAAGGAAUCCAAAUACCAUCGAUGACAACAACAAUGGCGACAACUUUCAAUGAUUGAUUUUUUUUUUUUUUUUGGUAAGCAGUGUAUAUGCUUCUUUAUCCUUACUAUCAUAUAUUCCCCAUGAGUCUCUAUUUUAUCCCCUACAGUAAUGUAAAUAAAAAAAGUUCCUGUGUUUUUUUUUAUCAUCCUAUUAUGA